AUGACCAAUCAGCAAACAAAGUUGAACAAGCAGGAAGUAACUCAAGGUCAAAAGGUCAACGAUCAAGGUCAGAUGAAAGGUGAACGUCCUCCAAAUGGUUACUACGACAACUCAACUGACAGAAUGAAAUAUGAAAUAGCUGCAAGAGAUUCAGCAGCGCGUAGCAAAGCUCGUAGCAGUGAUGGUGACAACAGAUCAGUCGGAAGAAAAAACUCAAAUAAAAAGAAUCAUUUGAAUGCAUACUACACAGGGGUGGACCUGUUCCCAGACUCAAGUGAAGGCGAGGACGAAUUGGAAGAGAAUGAAUCAAGUAGUUCCAGUAGUUCGUCCACAGAAGGCGAAGAGGACGAGUACCCAGUAGGAGGUGAGCCAUGGGUGCACAGAGAAAUUCCCCCCUAUCAGCCAUGGUGGACAAACAACAAUAAUAACAACAACAACAUUGACAACAAAAACAACAAAGACAAUGUAAACAACCACUACUCGUCACACCUGCCUGUACAGAAUUUGUAUGUGGGCAGACAAGGCCAACAGUUUCAUCAGGGUCACAUGGAAGUGCCAACGGACAAAAACAAAAAGGAUCUGUUGAGACAGGAAUCAUGUACAGGCAGUGUACUAUCAG